AUGAAAGUUGAUAAGAAGGAAAUGAGUAUAGAGCUAAUAAGAACUAUAGGUUUGGAAACAAUUGACCAACGUUUUCUGGCUGAGAAAUGGAUACAUGUAUAUAUGGAUGGCUCUCAGACCGAUAGGAUUCAAGAGGCUGGAGCUGGAGUUUUUAGCAAGCUUUUCAGUUUCUACCUACCUGUAGGGGCUUACUCCACUCACUUUGAUGGAGAACUGAAAGCCACUAAUGUAGCUCUCCAACAAUUAUCAUUGAGACAGAGCUCGUUCAGGAGGGCUCUUGUACUGUCUGAUUUAACUUCAGCAAAACAGGCCAUCUCCUCUUACCACGAGUGUAAGAACAGGUGUUCAACAGUGUCAGGAAGUCAUAAAAGAACUUUCCCACAAUAUAUCUUUUCAAUGGGUGGUAUUUAUGGGAACGAGAUGGCUGAUAUGCUUGCAAAAAAAGGGGCUACGGUUCUCCAAAAGCCAAAAACGAGUGCAAGCCUCCAUUCUAUUAAGCUUCUGACAUCGCUAACAAAUCAAAAGACUUAA